AUGGACAUCAUUGGACCCAUUGAACCAGCCGCAUCUAAUGGACAUCGAUUCAUUCUGGUUGCCAUAGAUUACUUUACCAAAUGGGUGGAAACCAUGUCGCACAAUUCAGUAACGAAGGAAGUAGUAGUCGACUUCGUACGAAGCAACAUCAUAUGUAGAUUAGGCAUACCAGAAUCCGUCAUUACGGAUAAUGGGGAAAAUCUGAACAGCCACUUAGUGAAAGGCAUCUGCGAGCAGUUUCUGAUAACCCAUCAGAACUCCACCGCCUAUCUGCCACAAAUGAUUGGAGCCGUAGAGGCAGCCUACAAGAACAUCAAAAGGAUAUUAAGGAAAAUGACAGAGAACUAUAAGUUUUGGCAUGAACAAUUGCCCUAUGCAUUACUUGGAUACCGAACAACAUCUCGGACUUCAACCGGGGCAACCCUGUACGUUCUUGUCUAUGGCACUGAAGCAGUUAUAUCUGACCAAGUUGGAAAUACCAUCGCUGAGAAUCAUUCAAGAAGCAGAGUUGGACAACGCAGAAUGGGUUCGAAACCGAUACGAGUAGCUGGCUCUAAUUGA